UGUUCGAAUCACACGUCUCAUCAAUGUAUACGGAUCAAAGUUGUCGAAUUCCUUCCAUUUUCUCGCAUACAUGGUAUUGCUCUGCAUUGUAAUGAUGUUGAGAAAUUGAUAACGCGUGUAAGUGAAACGGACAUUUAUGAUGCGAAUUCAAUAAAAGACCACUGAGAUCGUGUAUAUUUGAUGGAAUUUGCGGUUUUUGUGUGAUUGGUUUUCUCUUUUCUUGGAAGAAUUUCACAUUAUUUCAAAAUGAUUGUUAAAAAUUUAUAAGUAAGUUAAUCUACUAAUACAAAACGUGCUCCCGGCAAUAUAUUAACGACCGACCGAAAAGAGAACAAAAAAUAUAUAUAAUAAAAUAUUUGUCUGUUAUGCUGUGAACAAGCGCACCCCAUCAUACAACUUACACAUCGCAUUCAAUUAACCACAACAAACUGGAAAAUAUAGAGACAAACAAUGAAACAUAAACAUAAAAAUCGUAUUUGUACCAUACACAAGAUAAAAUUAAAUGUGAAUUUCGAGCAACCGACAUACAUCGACAUAUACACAAACAUUCGUCUCGAAUGUAACAAACAUUCUAUCGUGCAUUAAAUGGAAACUUCAUUUAAUUAUGAACGAACAUUUGACAGUUGAACAUUUAAUAUCACAACAGAAAAAUAAGGUCAACAAUAAGCGAAACAGUUUAAAUGUGAUCAAGUGAAUACGGUUAAAUACACAUAGCAUGAUGCAUGGAUUACCAACCCUGUUCAUCAUAUUUUAUUUGAAAUUUUUUGAAGAUUACGCUCGGACGGCUGUCGCUGCUGUUGAAAAUAAUCAUAUCGAAUCAAAUAUGUCGCUGCAUCCAUAUUUUGAUUUUGAUGUGCCGCGCAACGUAACUGCACGGGUGGGCCAAACAGCAUUUUUACGGUGUCGCGUUGAACAACUGGGCGAUAAAUCGGUUUCUUGGAUUCGGGCUCGAGAUUUACACAUCUUGACGGCUGGCGUUUUAACUUACACUUCCGACGAAAGAUUUCAGGUGAUACGAUCAGAAGAUUCGGAAAAUUGGACACUGCAAAUAAAAUUUUCACAGGCACGUGAUGGUGGCAUAUACGAGUGCCAAGUGAAUUCGGAACCAAAAAUGUCGAUGGCAUUUCGCUUAAAUAUUGUCGAGGCAAAAGCAGUUGUCGUUGGACCAACUGAUAUUUACGUAAAAAUGGGAAGUGAAGUGGUGUUGACAUGCAUUGUGAGUCAAGGGCCGCAUGAGCUUGGAACCAUUUACUGGUAUCGAGAUUCUACUAUGUUGGACGUUCCUGCAGAGUUUGAAUCAAAUGACGUGGACUAUUCGCCCCGAAUCACCGUCGACACAAAAUGGACAGAUGCGUUGCGCUCAAGAUUGAAAAUAUCCGCUGCAAAAGUCACAGACUCUGGGAAUUACACCUGCUUUCCAACAGCAGCCGAAGCAGCCAGCGUUACUGUGCACAUUAUUAAUGGUGAACAUCCGGAGGCAAUACAACGCGGUUGUGCAAAUGCCAACAUAGAUAUGUCAAUUGUUUUUUACAUCGUAACACUGUCAAUGGUGUUGCAGCAGUUGAAUCGGAUAACACAUGGCUAUGGUGUAUCAUACGAUGUGAUUCGAUGGCUCAAGUCGAUAACACCGAAUACAAUAGCAUGUAAACAUCAAUACCAAAAUUUACCAGAUUGUUCCAGUUUCAAUGCGUCUGAUCAAUAUAUUGUUAUUGGAAUGGAACAAAUCAGAUUGCCGUCAACAGCAACGCGACUAUCGUCCACCGUGUCGUGAGAUGAACGCCACUAGGAUAUCAAGAAAUAACAAUGGCAAUGGAUUUUUGCUAUCGGUGAAUAGUUUCGGUUUAUCUUGCUGCACAAACAUAUGGUAACGAUCUGUGGUUUUUUGGAUGCGAUUAUUUAAUUUUCUGUGAAACAUGUGAACAAACAAUGUAACGUUGAAGACAAUGUUUCCGAAGCCGAAAUAUGUGUAAAUAAAUAAGAUAUUUUUUUGUUGUCUUUCUGAUUAGUCCAUCCUAUUUCUAAUACAUACAUAAUAUACGAUGAAAUUUCUCAUGUACCGUCGAUGCAACCUGUGAUUGGCACAAAAGUAUAUUCUAGCUAAAAUACACUCUAUUUAGAUGGAUUAACUUUUCAUUAUUUCCACCAAAUGAAAUUACAUUUGCAAUUUUUCGUUUGUUUCUCUGUGUGUUCAUUUUGCAAAACGGAAAGUCACUUUAAAGAGUAAAUUAAAUUCCGGUGUAAAUUAAUUUGGAUCAAGGUAACGCGGUCAACAGGAUGAGCGUUAAAAAGUGAGAUAGAUGAAGGAAAGUUUGUUUCAAUGAUACACAAAAUUGCAGCACAGAGUACACAGAGGAAAACAUUGAAAAUGUAACAUCACAAAAAAAAUAUAUAUGUAUAUGAAUGAACAAAUAGCGGAAAUCCCAUUUGAAACAUUAAUCACGAACCAAGAGAAAAUUAAAUUAAAAAAUUGAAAUAGACAAAAUAUAAAUUGUGAACACUUUUACAUGUUGCAUGACAUCAUGUCAUGGCCACAUUAUCAUUGUGACAGAGUAAAUUUUAGGUAAAAUGUAAAACAUUGUUCAUUGAUAGUAAAUAAAUCACUGAAAAAAAUCACAA